AUGGAAGGACUGUCACAGAAACAUCCAAAGUACUUGCGACUAUCUGCAGCGGCACGAUCACCAAAUGCACCAUGCCCUCAGCACGCCUGUAUCCUAAUGCACGCAUCUCGACCUCAGCCUCAGGUCGCGCGCUAA